AUGAUUGAUUGCAUGGCAUUAUGGCAUCAUCAUCACAUGUGCUCCCGCGUGUAUAUCCGUCAUUCCCUAUGUAUGUUGCCAUGUCAGCAGGUGUUGGAGCAGCACGGCAGGGACGAGUCAUACCACGAGGCUGUGCCACCAGACGCGGUCGCAUUCGCCCGCUCCACCCACCAAGUGCAACAGCUGGUAACCGCGUGCGCUCCUGCAUGCCCGUUAUCCCCUAUGUUACCAUGUCAACAACAGGUGUUGGAGCAGCAUGGCAGGGACGAGUCAUACCACGAGGCUGUCCCACCAGACGCGGUCGCAUUCGCCCGCUCCACCCACCAAGUGCAACAGCUGGUAACCGCGUGCGCUCCUGCAUGCCCGUUAUUCCCUAUGUUACCAUGUCAACAACAGGUGUUGGAGCAGCAUGGCAGGGACGAGUCAUACCACGAGGCUGUCCCACCAGACGCGGUCGCAUUCGCCCGCUCCACCCACCAAGUGCAACAGCUGGUAACCGCGUGCGCUGCCGCCCGCGUGCCCGUCAUUCCCUAUGGCGCCGGCACGUCUUUGGAAGGCCACGUGGCAGCGCUCUGUGGAGGCGUCUCCAUUGACCUGUCGCAGAUGAAUGAGGUGGUGGAGGUACAUGCAGAGGACAUGGACUGCAGGGUGCAGGCAGGGGUGACACGUCAGCAGCUCAACCACCAUCUGCACGACUCGGGCCUCUUUUUCCCCGUUGACCCAGGCUCGGAAUGCACCAUAGGGGGGAUGACAGCAACAAGAGCUUCAGGCACCAAUGCUGUUCGGUACGGCACGAUGCGAGAGGCAGUGCUGGGGGUCACUGCAGUGCUGCCCAACGGGCAGAUCAUAAAAACGGGCAGCCGAGCACGAAAGUCCUCCUCAGGCUACGACUUAACUCGCCUGAUUGUGGGGAGCGAGGGCACACUGGCUGUUGUCACCGAGGUGGCUCUUCGCCUGUAUCCCCAACCCGAGGCUGUCUCAGCUGCUGUCUGCCCCUUCACCUCCAUUGCUGGUGCUGUGGAUGCGGUGAUAGAGACCAUUCAAAGCGCCAUCCCCGUCGCACGCAUAGAGCUCCUGGACGAGGUUCAGGUAGAUGCAGUGAAUCGCUACUCCAAGACGCACCUGCACCCAAGCCCCACGCUCUUCUUUGAGUUCCACGGCACUGCGGCUGCCGUGGAGGAGCAAGCCAAGCAGGUUUCGGAGAUUGCAUCUGGCAAUGGGGGGGCCUCGUUUGAGUGGUCGACGGCUCCUGAGGAGCGAUCCAAGCUCUGGGCUGCCCGCCACUCCGCCUACUAUGCUGCCUUGGCGCUCAGACCCAACAGCAAAGGCCUCCUAGCGGAUGUGUGUGUGCCUAUAUCACGUCUCACAGAGCUGGUGGUGCUGGCGAAGCAGCAGAUAGAGCAGGCUCAGCUGGUGGCGCCAAUAGUGGGCCAUGUGGGGGACGGCAACUUCCACGUGCUCUUCAUUGUCGAUCCGGACAAUAAGGAUGAGCUGGCAGCGGUCAAGCGAGUCAACGACAGUCUUGUGGCGCGUGCCAUUGCUGUGGGCGGCACAUGCAGCGGCGAGCACGGCGUGGGUCGGAGCAUGGGAGCGCAGCACUGGAUGCCAUGGCAGCUUUCAAGGCAGCCCUCUGUCUGCCCCUUCCUCCUUCCAUUAUCUUCAUCUCCUUCCAUCAUCUCCCUCCCCUUCCAUCAUCUCCCUCCCCUUCCAUCAUCUCCCUCCCCUUCCAUCAUCUCCCUCCCCUUCCAUCAUCUCCCUCCCCUUCCAUCAUCUCCCUCCCCUUCCAUCAUCUCCCUCCCCUUCCAUCAUCUCCCUCCCCUUCCAUCAUCUCCCUCCCCUUCCAUCAUCUCUCUCCCCUUCCAUCAUCUCUCUCCCCUUCCAUCAUCUCUCUCCCCUUCAUCAAUAAUUUCCCCCGAGCAGCUAUGGCAAGUUACCAUUCUUGGAGUCGGAGCAUGGGCGGGCAGCACUGGAAGCUAUGGCAGCACUCAAGGCAGCAUGGGACCCGCUUAA